CAGGAGAAAGAAGGCCAUCAUCCUUCUAACAAACAAAAGAAGAAAAGAAAAAGAAAAAAGCAGAGAGAGAGAGAGAGAGAGAGAGAAGGAAACGAAAAUGCAAAUGCAGAUGCAAAUGCAGAAGCAGCAAGCAUGGGAACAGCAACAACAGAUUGUGAGGGUAAAGGCAACAGGCAACAGCUACAGAGAGAACACUCCUGCUAAGGAAGGAGGGGAGAAAGAAGAUGAAGAGAUGUCGAUGUCAGCUCUUUCUGCUUUUCGGGCAAAAGAAGAGCAGAUUGAGAAGAAGAAGAUGGAAGUGAGGGAGAAGAUGCAGGCCCAGCUCGGCCGGGUUGAGGAAGAAACCAAGCGCCUUUCCGAGAUCCGAGACGAACUCGAAGGGCUGACCGAUCCGAUGAGGAAGGAAGUAGCGGCGGUGCGUAAGAAGAUCGACACGGUUAACCGGGACUUAAAGCCACUUGGAAACACUUGCCAGAGGAAGGAGAAGGAAUACAGAGAAGCACUUGAAGCAUUCAAUGAAAAAAACAAAGAGAAAGCUCAGCUAAUCGCCAAAUUAAUGGAGCUGGUGAGUGAAAGUGAGAAACUGAGGAUGAAAAAGCUGGAAGAGCUGAGUAAGAACAUUGAGUCUCUACACUAAUCACAUGUGCUAAUGUUGUUGUUACAAAAAGGUUAGGCUGGUGUGGUUUUAUCAAAGAAGACCUUUGUAUUUUAUGGCUGUCUUUGUGUAUGUGUGUGUGAGUGUUUGGGUUUUGGGUUGUUGAAAUUUGAAAGUCUGUUAUUGUAUUCGUUACACUGAUUUAGCAAGGGGAAGUUUAUUUGCUAAACCCUCCCCCGUCUGGAAUCCUGCAUGCCCAUGCAAAUGCAGCCACAUGUGUCUAUAUUAAACACAUGUGUGAGAUCUGAGCUUUUCGUAAGGUGGGCCACACUAUUUAUAUCUUCAGGCCUAAAAUCCGGCCUUUAACCCUGUGGUGGACUACUAGAAAAACAAAUUUUUAGCUGUCCAUUUGUUGCGUAUACUAGUGCACCUGAGGAGCGAAAUUGAAAUUUUUUGAGCCAGGGGAUCUACUUGGGGUGGCCCACUUGAUGGAGAGUUGAGAUCUCACAUGUAUGUCAACUUGGCAUGUGUGGCUGUGUAAGGGUGGCAGGUUCUGCACGCGUGUGGCUCAUGAAACUUGUAACUGUACCCAUUUCUUUUAACUCUGGAGUUUUGUUCUC